AUGCCUGGCCCUCGCCGUCCAGGUCAAUCUGAAUCGGAGACUGAUUACUUCUCCACCCUGCACAACACCAGUCACUUCUCCUUGGAACCGAAUCCAUUCGACCAGUCAUUUGGAAACACCUCCGCCGAAACUCCAGGAAAAUCCCUUCUACCGCCUGUUGCCGCCCUCACCUCCCCUUCCUUACCUGGAACCACCACUGCUGGAGGUUUUGGCUGGGCCAACUCCCUCAGAGCCGGACCUCUAAGCCCGGCCAUGCUCACUGGGCCUUCGGGCUCCAAUGAUUUCCUUGAUAGCAUCGGCAGGGGUUUUCCCACCCCCAAUGAGUCCUCUCUCCGCACUGGACUCACCCCCGGUGGUGGAGGCACCAUGUUCCCGGCCCCUAGUCCCGGUGGCACGUCCAUGCUGCAGCUCCAGAGUGGUGGUGCUACACCUUCGACGCUGGAGUUCCACCGCACCGCCCUCAACGCUGCGAGGAAGAAUGGUGCCGGUGCGCCCACUUCAAACCCUCAGGACCCUGAGCUUCUUCAGCAGGCAGCGAAUAUGGAGAUCCCCAAGACUGGCCCACCGAUAGAUCCGUUCACCCACCCUGACGCCACGGACGCUGCCAAUGGUCUCUAUAUGCUCGCCAAGGGAGGGCAGGCUGACAAUGUGCCAUAUCCUCAUCCCGGCUCUCAGCCAGGCUCCGAAGCUCGAGGCGCAUACUCCAGAAAUAAUACGCCCCUCAAUGGUGGCAUUGGAAUUGCACGAAACGGUGAUGUCACCGACCCGCAACUCAACGGAGAUGCUUCAGACGGAGCAAUGGAGCAAUCAAAGGCAAAUGGCCGUAACAAAGGAAAGAAGCCUGCCGCCAAGGCGUCGACUGCUGCCAACGGACGCCGCAAGGCCGAAGACACGAAGCAAGGACCGAAUAAGAAGGCCAAGGGCGCCAACGGAGCCAUCGAUAAAACUCAGGAGGAAGACGUCAAACCCUCCCAGGGUGAAGGCAGCACUUCCAACCCUAAGAAGAUGACAGAUGAUGAGAAGCGCAAGAAUUUCCUAGAGCGUAAUCGAAAGAAGCAAUGGCUUGCGAAUUUGCAAGCAAAAGUUGAAAUGUAUAGCCAAGAGAACGACACUCUUUCCACAACUGUCACUAGGUUACGCGAAGAGAUUGUCACCCUCAAAUCCCUGCUCUUGGCUCAUAAAGAUUGCCCUGUUACACAAGCCCAAGGACUCAAUGCCAGUAUCAUGAUGAACGGACUUGCUAAUUCUGGAGGAUGGGCGUUAUAG